AUGACCAUGUUGCUGGACGGCGGGCCGCAGUUCCCGGCGCUGGGCGUCGGGGGCUUCGGAGCGCCUCGCCAUCACCCGCACGACGUGGCCAACCGCGACGCCGCCGCCGCUGCCGCCGCCGCCGCCGCCAUGGGACUCAACCACCCCUUCGGGGACUCGUCGUUCAAGCUUAGCCCGGCGGCCCACGAGCUGGCGUCGGGGCAGGGCUCGGCGUUCACGCCGCAGGCUUCGGGCUACGCGCACCACCACCCGCACCCGCCGCACCCGCACCACGCCGGCCAGGUGCCCUCCUACGCCGCCGCCGCCGCCGCCUUCAGCUCCACGCGGGACUUUCUCUUCCGCAACCGCGGCGCCACCGCCCUCGGGGACUCGGCCUCGGGCGGCGCGGGCGCGGGCGGCGGAGGCGCGGCGGCCGCACAGCACGGCCUCUUCGGCGGCAACCCUCCCGGCGGGCUCCACGCGCCUCCCGGCAUCCCGGACGGCCCCGGCGGCUACUUACUCUUCCCGGGGCUGCACGAGCAAAACCAAAGCCACCCUUCCCCGACGGGCCACGUGGAGAACGGCCAGAUGCACCUGGGCUUGCGCGGGGACCUCUUCGGCCGGCCGGAGCCUUAUCGCGGGGUGGCCAGCCCCAGGGCCGACCCCUAUGGGGCGCCGGCCCAGUUCCACAACUACAGCCCCAUGAACGUCAACAUGGGGGGCAUGAACGUGGCGGCGGCGGCCCACCACCACCACCAUCACCACCACCACCACCACGGCGCCGGGGCUUUCUUCCGCUACAUGCGGCAGCCCAUCAAGCAAGAACUCUCCUGCAAGUGGAACGACGAGCCCCCGCCGCCCUCGCAGCCGCCGCAGCACCCGCCGCCGCUGAGCCGGCCCAAAAAGAGCUGCGACCGGACUUUCAGCACCAUGCACGAGCUUGUGACCCACGUCACCAUGGAGCACGUCGGCGGGCCCGAGCAGAACAACCACAUCUGCUACUGGGAGGAGUGCCCGCGGGAGGGCAAGUCCUUCAAGGCCAAAUACAAACUGGUCAACCACAUCCGAGUCCACACCGGGGAGAAGCCCUUCCCCUGCCCCUUCCCGGGGUGCGGGAAAAUCUUCGCGCGGUCCGAGAACCUGAAAAUCCACAAAAGGACGCACACAGGCGAGAAACCUUUUAAAUGCGAGUUUGAGGGCUGUGAUCGGCGUUUCGCAAACAGCAGCGACCGAAAGAAACAUAUGCACGUCCAUACAUCAGACAAGCCAUACAUUUGUAAAGUCUGUGAUAAAUCGUACACCCACCCCAGCUCUUUAAGGAAGCAUAUGAAGGUCCACGAAACCCAGGGCUCGGAUUCUUCUCCGGCGGCGAGUUCUGGCUACGAGUCCUCCACGCCCCCGGCCAUCGCGGCAGCCACGAGCAAAGACUCCACCAAACCGCCCCCGCCCGCCGUUCAGACUGCCACCCCCAGCCACAACCCCGGAUUGCCCCCCAACUUUAACGAGUGGUACGUUUGA